UUACAGUUGGUGCAUUAAUUCAAUUCAAGCUAUUUUAGAUGGGCUUUAAUCAAAUUUCAGCUUGAUUUUGUCUAUACCAGUGAACUUUGCCGCUGUGUCAGAACAGUUUCUUUGUUUCUCUGUGUUGUAGCUGUGCAAUAAUGGCCACUGAAGGCCUGGAGGCGUAUGAUGGAGGGGUUUUUGCUGAAUUUCACAUUCUGUCUAUGCCGAAUCACAUCAUCUCAGUGGCAGGCUGGGACGUCACAGAGGACGGGACCGAAUACUGGAUCGUCAGAAACUCCUGGGGCGAGUUCUGGGGAGAGUCAGGCUGGGCCAGGAUUGUCACCAGUGCCUAUAAGGGAAGGAAAGGAAACUGGUACAAUCUCGCCAUCGAGCACUACUGUGCAUACGGAGACCCAAUCGUUACAUAGAUCAGGAGGAGCCAGUUCCUCACAUAGAAUUAGAAUUGACUCCGUCUUGGAAUUGACCUGGGAUCAGACCUUACAGAGCACAGAGAGACUGUUUAUAACCGCUAAGAAUUCAAAUCUAAUUGUUCUGGGUGUAAAUAAUUGUUGUCAUAUCAAAUAUGGGAGAUCUGUCACAUUACAAUCUUUGUAGGAGAGUGAGAAUGGAAAUGAGUGACGGUACACAAUUAAGUGAUACUUGAUUAUUUUAUUAAAAAUCGUCAUGUAAAAUUUGCCAAACACUUAGGAGUUUUAACAAAGCAAGGAUGGUAAACUUUAAUUUAACGUUGAAAUAUUGCACACAUCAUAAAUCAGAAGUCCCCCUAUAAUUGCACUUUACUAUUUGUUUUUGUUCUAAACAGAACACUAGAACAAAAUGAAACCUCCAUUCUAAAAACAAUUCUGUACUUUUAGCAGUGUAGCAAUUGAAUAGUUUUUUUUUUUUAAUUUUAGUCAUUGAGUGAAUCUCUCUAACCUGCUAAAAAGGUGUCAUUUUUCACUUAAAGGAAUAUUUUACUCAAAAAUGAAAAUUCAGUCAUCAUUUACUAACCCUCAUUUACUUCCAAACUAUGAG